GUGAACUCGAUGAGAAUGCGAAGUACAAGGACGGCGUCACGUGGGAGAACUGGAGUUUCGUUCUGGCGGCCUACUGCAUGGCGGUGGACGCUCACAUGGCGGAGUUGAUGCGGGACGCUGCGAAGGUCGACGCGGAGGCUUUCGCACGCGAAGAUCUAGACGAAGAGGCCCAGCGAGUCAACACCAACCUGUACUACAUCCUUGUACUGACGUGUAAGGACAAGGCUCAGGGCAUCGUGAAGAGCGUUCCCUCAGGAGAAGGCCUGGAGGCCUGGCGGCUGCUGUGUUUGGAGUUCGAGCCGAAGGUGCCGUCGAGGUUCUCAGGUCUGCUGGACUCGAUAUUGUAUCCGAAUGUGCAGGAGAACGAUCCGAUCAAGGGCAUCGUGUCUUGGGAGACGUUGGUUCAGAGAUACGAAGAGCAGACAGGCGAGAAGGUCAUGGAGUCGAUCAAGAAGUCUGUUCUCAGUGCGCGACUGGUGCCGUCAAAGCUUCGAGAACAUCUCAUGCUGAAUGCGACGAGGUUCACGACGUACGCGUUGGUACGAGCUGAGGUGUUGGACUACUUGAGGUCGAAGCAGGCGGCGAUGGCACUAAGUGGACCUGCGCCUAUGGAUCUGGAUGCGCUCACGUUCGGCAAGUUCGGCAAGGACUCGAAAGGCAGGUGCGGCAAGGACAAGAACAAGGGCAAGGGCUACGACCAGAGCGCGGUGCAGCCUUGCAAGUAUUGCGGCAAGAAAGGUCACGAGCUCAUGGAGUGCAGGAAGGCCGCACAGGACAUGAAGGACGGAAAGAUUACGAAGGAGGACUUGCGAACGAUCAGCAAGGGCAAGGGCAAGGGUAAUGGCAAGAGCGACAAGACGAAGAACACACCUGCGCCCGACAAGCCCAAUGAUCAAGACAUGAAGUUCUUAGGUUGCGAUUGCGACGCCGAGGAGGGCUACAUCUUCAUGCUGAAUGAGAACGAGACUGAGGAGCUAGGUCAGAUUUCGGGUUUAGAUCACGCGGAGGUAGGCGGAUACACUGUGAAUCUAGAUAGCAAGACGGAGCCCAAUCACAAUUUCAACGAGAAUGUCGAGAGCUACCUGAUUCUGAUAGAGUUCGAGAAUGACAACGACGGUAAGAUCGAGGUGAUGGUUGAUUCAUGUGCGGCACGGAGUGUUUGCCCACCUGAUUUCGCACCAAGAAUACCACGAGGAGAAGCGGACGCACCGCCACUACGACAGGCAGAUGGUACUAAGAUCUACGCGAACGGCUGCAAGACGGUACAAAUGCAGGUGGCUGGGACUCGACAACCAAUUCGAGGACAGUUCGAUGUGCGAGACGUUCACAAGACGAUCAUUGCGGUUAGCGACCUGACGAAGGGAGCUCAAGGUGUAUGGUUCGACGAAGGCGGUGGAGCAGUGGCCAAUCCGAAGGUCAGCCAGCGGAUCAGGGAGAUGAUCGAGUGCGAGAACGCGAACAACCAGUUGAACAGACCACUGAGGAUCUCGCAGAGGCGUGGGAUCUACAGCUUCGACGUGGACGCGAGCACGCUCUGCCCUCUAGAAGGUGAUGAACCUGAACAAGCUCAGCAGCCGGCGGGGCAGGAGGAGGAGAUCGAGACAGACGAGGCGCGACCGCCGAAGGUCAAGAAGGAGAGGUGCAAGCCCACAGCGGGGGAGAUAGCCACCCACGAGAAGACGCACGUGCCGUAUCGGGACUGGUGCAAGUGGUGUCUUUGGGGCCGAGGCAAGGAAGAUGGUCGCGAGAAGGCUAGCCCAGAGGAGGCGCCGACGAUUCCAGUCAUUAGCAUGGACUACUGCUUCGUGAACGCCGAGCUGGAGACGGAGAUGGUCAACAUCCUGGUGAUGGUGCAGAAGCCUGAGGAUGCAGUUGCUUCCAUCGUGGUGAUCCACAAGGGGCCCAGCGAGUGCGUCAACUCAGCGGUGGAGUUCUACUUGGACGUUUGGGGAGCAGCGUAUAUCAUCCUGAAGGGCGACCAGGAGCCAUCACUACAAGCGGUGAUCACGGCGGUGAAGAACAGGAGGAACCACAGCACGCAGGUGGACAAGGCUCCUAAAGGUUCUCAUCAGAGCAACGGUGCGAUUGAGAACGCGGUGGCGAGAGUGGAGUCGUUACUACGUACACUGCGCAGCGAGCUGGAGGUGAAGUUGGAGGUGAAGAUCGGACCCGAGAGUUUGAUCAUGCCGUGGUUGGUUAGGCACGUGGGGUACUUGCUCGCCAGGUUCGCUAUCAAGACGGAUGGCAGGGCAGCUUGGGAACGACUGGGGCGCGCGAAGUUCAAGUCAGAGCUCGGGAAGAUCGGAGAGACGAUCGACUACAAGAUACAGGCUAAGGACUACUCCAAGCUGGAACCGAGGUGGGGCGAAGGUAUCUUCUUGGGCAGGCGCGACGAGAGCGACGAAAUCAUCGUAGGUACGUCGAGAGGGAUCGAGCACGCCAGGACGAUGAAGCUCAGGGCCACGGGGGACAAGUACAACAAGGAGGUCUACAACACGUUCAUAGGAGUGCCGUGGAAUCCCAGGGGCUUGGAGGUGAAGGAUCAGAAUGCGGUGGUCAGGAGACGGAGGUACAUCACGAAGGCGCUGAUCGAGGAGUAUGGACCUACAGAUGGGUGUGCAGCAUGCGAAGGGAAUUCAUCAAUACACAACGCGAGGUGCAGGGCGAGGUUCGCCAAGAUCUUCGAGGAGGCCGAGCCGAGGAUCGAGAUGGCAUCAGAAGAUCAGCCAGGACGGGAAGAGGCGAUGGAGAUAGGCAUCACCAUGUCGAUCGCGAAGGAUGAGGACCGCCACGUCUGCGAGGAGCUGGAGCCGAGGGUGAACUACGACAAGCUGGUGGGUGACGGAGUCUACAGAGACGCGUACACAGGCGAGGAGUUGUUGAAGGAGCUGGUCAUCAACGGCAGGACGAAGGAGAUGAAGAGCAUGGAUGAGUUUGAGGUCUUUGAGUGGGUACCGCUUGAGGACUGGAUGAGGCCGUUCGACACCUAG